GUGGAGUUGCCCUUGGAGGCGGCACCGGCCCUGGGCCCGAGGCCCGCCGCGCCCUAUCGGGCCCGAGUCGAGUGGCCCCGCGGAGCCGGCGCGCUCCCGCCUGCAGGGGGAGGGCGGACGGGGCGCGGGGACCGGCCAGGCCGCGGCAGGCGCUGUUUCUCUUUCACUUUCCUUCCCUCUGAGGCUGGCGCGCUGGCGGCGAGGAGCGGUGGUGGCGGCAGCCGCGGGAUAUGGGAAAGCAGAACCACCAAAAGGAGUGAUGACCAGUGAUCUCAUGAGAAGUCUGGAUGUUAGUUCUCAUGCCUCAGGACAUCCAGUUGGGAACUCCACACCAGCUCCUGGGAUCAGACUUUCAUUCACUUAAUACCCCUGUUUGCCUGAACUACUAGAGCCAGUCCUAGCUAACCACGAAUGGCUACCCAGAGGAAACACUUGGUGAAAGAUUUCAAUCCUUACAUCACUUGCUAUAUCUGUAAAGGGUAUCUGAUCAAGCCAACUACAGUGACGGAAUGCCUCCAUACCUUCUGUAAGACUUGUAUUGUCCAGCACUUUGAAGACAGCAAUGAUUGUCCAAGGUGUGGCAACCAGGUUCAUGAGACAAACCCGUUAGAAAUGUUGAGGUUGGAUAACACAUUAGAGGAAAUUAUAUUUAAGUUGGUCCCUGGACUACGAGAACAAGAACUUGAGCGUGAGUCUGAAUUUUGGAAGAAAAACAAGCCUCAAGAAAAUGGACAAGAUGAUACUUCGAAAGUUGACAAACCUAAAGUAGAUGAAGAAGGUGAUGAAAAUCAAGAUGAUAAAGACUAUCACAGAAGUGACCCACAAAUUGCUAUAUGUCUAGAUUGUUUACGAAAUAAUGGACAAUCAGGGGACAAUGUAGUAAAGGGUUUAAUGAAGAAAUUCAUUCGGUGUUCUACACGUGUAACUGUGGGAACGAUUAAAAAAUUUCUAAGUUUAAAACUAAAACUUCCAAGUUCUUAUGAGUUGGAUGUGCUGUGCAAUGGUGAAAUUAUGGGGAAGGAUCAUACUAUGGAGUUCAUCUACAUGACAAGAUGGCGACUAAGAGGCGAAAACUUUCGGUGUCUGAACUGCUCAGCUUCGCAAGUCUGCCCUCAGGAUGGCCCUUUGUAUCAGUCAUACCCCAUGGUAUUGCAGUAUCGACCAAGAAUUGAUUUUGGUUAGACCACGGGGCCUAGAUCCCACUGAAUGAAUCCUGCACUACGUGUUUACUCAUCGACAGACUGCACAGUGAACGGUGUGUGGACUGGAGGGACACAACCAGAUUUUCAGCAUGCGAAUAAGGCCAUUGUCUGUCUCUAAAUUGUCAGUUACAUUUUUGUUGUUUCUAUUAAGAGCAAACCAAGUGCCAUUCUGCUACUGAACCAUCUGCAUAAGGUAUCUGUGCUGUCUCACAGUGUACAAUACAAGUCAUGGUUGAAAUCAGUUAGGUGUGCAGCCACGAUCCAGCCUUCUGAAUAUUUUGCUUGCCUGUUCCAAGAUUGUUCUAAUGUUUGAUUACACUAGUAAUAUGGCUCAAUCUUUGUGGUGUUGCAGUUUUCACAUACUUACUAUUUGAUUAAUUCUUGUUUAAAUAGAGUACUGUACAAGGAACUAAUAAUUAUUAUAUCUUGAAAUUAUUUUGUAUGGGAAAUAUAUUUAGAAAAGUGGUCCUUGAGCCACUGUCCUGUUCUCAGUACGCUUUUUGUGUGCAAAAUAGUUCACUCUUGAGUGUGCAAGUCCUUUGGGGAAGAAUUCCAGUUGUUCUUUACAUUAGAGCACAUUAUAAUUGUAGGCAUUUUGAGUCAUCUGUCUGUGUAGCCUACCAGUCGCACAGGGAGGGCCUGUUCACCCUUCCAGAAAACGUAUGUGACUUCUUGGAGAGCUGAAGUGAGAUUCACAACCAUUUGAAAUGUUGGCAGCUGAUCACAUUUACUUCUAACAAAAUUAAUGUGUAAGUGAGGUUAAUCUUUCAUAAUGCCUUAUGACGAGCGGGUGCUGCCUCAUGAAAUGUCAUCGCCAUCGUGUAGCCCACUUUAUGUGUGCAUUGUUAUACUGUGGCUCUUAUCUAAUGAAGUACAUUGUUUCCCUUUUUCAGUUGGCCUUAGGUGUGUGUCACUGUGGCAUGCAGAAGGUUAUGAUGAUUUAUUAGGAUUUUUAGAGCAGGUAACAUUAGCUAUUUUAUGGAUUUCAAAAAUCUCAAAGCAAUUGUAGAUUAAAACUGUUAGUAACCUGUCACAUUUCCAAACCAUACGUAUAAAAUAGACAGAAUGCAGUGUAAUAGAUAAAUAUGCUAACCAGAAUUAAUGGUUUGAGGAUAUUUCAUUUUAGAUCCUGUAGUAAUCAGGGGGAAAUGGGAUUAUAUUGUUUUAUACAUAAGUUCUUUAAGGUCAGAGCUAUGAUAAUGUCCUUGAUUUUGCAUUUUUUUUUUAAGUCUUCCACUCAUUUUGAGACGAGUCUGCAAGUCAAAAAAAGUCUUGUCACCUUAAAUUAUAUGAAGAAAUUCAUUUUAAACCUCUUAACAUUUGCAUUAUUUUUCAUAAACUUCUUUGGAAAUUAAGUUUUACUAAUUGCUUUGAAACUUAGGCCUAUUUCCUCAGUUUCAAAUUUAACCUCUGAAAUACUUAGGAAGUAAUCUUGAAAGUUAGGAAAAAAUAUUUGUUCUAGAAAUCUGACAUGAGCACAAUCUGUGUGUUACACACAUAGUUUUUAUACUGUAUACAUAGUAGAUGUGCUACAUUUUCCAGUAAAAUGUAUCACAAGGUAAUGCCUUCUGAAUCUCAAAAUGCUUCUUAGAAAUAAAACAGUGUACGACCCAAGAAACACAUACAAAAUACAGCUAAAUCUUGAUGCAUUUCACAAUAUAAAAGGCUGAAACGUCAUAAUUAUCUUUUCCUUAUACCUUUGUUUUAAGUCAAAAAGUCUAAAGUUUUCUGUUGUUUUUGGCCUGACUUGUGAAAAAGGUUAUGGCAAUACUUUUAAAAUUUCACUUUGUUAGACUGUGUUUGUGCUUGGAGGGGCUCACAGAGAGAAUUUAAAAGGCAGAUUUUUGUUAACUCUUUAAAAAUGGUUGGCACAGACCGUUACCCUAAACCAGAAACUGAAUUUACUCCCCAGCUACAGAAAUUAUUUUGCUACGCUGUCAAAUGCAGUUCCCUGACAUCCCUAAGAAAUUUUUAGAUUUCUUGUAAACUUGUCACAUCUAGGUCAGUGAUUACUUAUGGAAGCUGAUUUUAAUUAACUUAAAAUAAUUUGAGAGUGCAUUUUAAAAACCACAAAUGAGACCUGGAUGUUUUUGGGUCCCCAGACAAAACUCGCAGCCUUAAAUGAGUUUUAUAUACAUGAUCUCAUUAAAUUUGGCUUGUUGCCUCAUCUUAUGUAGUGUCACUGUUUUCCAAGGAAAUAAAUAGGAAGCAAUUAUGGAAUUGAGAAUACUUUUAUAUAAAAUUCCUUUAUUUAAUGUUAAUAUAUUAACACUUUUAUUGAAAUGCAAUGGAAUAUGUGCCAAAACAUGUGAAAACCUUGCAUAAAGAAGGGCAUCAGUUAUAUGGGGAAAGGUACACGUUUUAUGAUGGUCCUGAGUAAUGUGGUAUUACUAUUAGAACCACAGACUUCUUCAUAUAUAUUCAACUAUGGUUUUCUAAGUAUGGGACUACUUUCAUGUCUAGUAAUACACUAAUCCCUAGUUAAUUAUCCUGAGUCAGGUUGUGGAAUUUGUAAGAAACGAGGUAUAGAAAAAUUUACAGGCAAAAAUAUACAGGUGGUUAGUUUUACAAACUUGGGGUGCUAAUAAGAUAAACUCCUUAUACAAAUAGCCUAUAGGAAUAAUCGUCUGAAUCUGCAAAAUUGGAGAACUAAAUUUUUUCUUUAAUCUCUUGUUUCUUAAGCAACAAACUGAAAGAACUUUACUUCCAUAAAGGAUUUUGUAAUCUGUUUUCUCUGCUUUAGAUAUCAUAGAUGUACAAGGGUCAAGGAACCUUGGAUCUAAGGAAGGCCUGUGCUUUAUUUAUAGAUAUCACUUUAACAGAAGUAAUCACAUUAGUUAAUAGAAAAAUCCAAAUAUGGCCGUUUCUCCAGAUUAACAGAAUACUUUUAGGUAUAAAAACAAAUAAACUAAAAGAUUCACUGAUGAGGUAGUAUUAGGUCAUUCAGUCUGAGGUCCAGGUACCUUGGGGUGAUGUCUUUUAACUACUUUUAGAAAAGUAUUUUUCUUUAUUCAUUAAAAAUCUGUCCCAUAUUAAUAUGCCACAUUUUAUAAAUGUAAUGAGUUUGCUCAACUAUGUGUAACUUAAAAUGAUUCUUUAAGGGAAAAAAAGUAUGUUAUAUAAUAUUGUGAACUGUUUAGCUUUAUUGAACUAUUUAAGAGAAAGUGCCUCAUUGCUAAAGUGCAUUUCUGUUUUAGAUUUACUGCAUAAAUUUUGAGUUUUCUGUCCCUGUCUCUUAUCAAUGGUUUUGUAUCUAAAUAGGCUCUUGUAAGUUAGAAUAAUCUCUUUUUGAAAGAUUUUCAUAAGAAAAUAGUUAUCACCAAAGACAUUUUACUGUUAAUAACCAUGUUAGAGAGACAGUUUAACUGUUUGGAGGUUGGAAAUUUUUAGACUGCAAGUUACUUUUAUAUAAUUAGGCAAUAACCUUGAGUAAUUGCUAAAAUAUCACCAAAGAAAGGCUUUAAACUUAAUUUUCAUGGUAAGAUCAAUCAAAUGCAGGUUUUUCUUGCAAUAAUCAGAACAUACUUCCUUUCAGCUAUGUUUCUUGUUUUUCCAGCACCAUCUGACAGAUCUUAGGAAAUCCUCAAAGGUGAAAAAGAGAUUAACACAACAAAUAGCCUCCCUCUGGAUGAAAAGUGGGAGAAAUACAUACUUUGAAAAGAAAAUUGAAAUUGAGAUUUUAAAUUCUAAUUUGAGAAGCUUUUUAUUCCAUGGAGGUGAUACAGACUAAAAUUAUACUUAUUUAGUUCCUGGGUUCUUAGUAAUGUGAGAAAUUUUAUUAAAGACAGACUUUGGUAAAAGUGCGGACAUGCUUACUUGUAAUAGAAAAUAGUGCAUUCUGUUGGAUUCACAUAAGUAAAUGCAUUUUCUGUACUCAAAAGCAGAAUUUUCCUAAAGGCCUGUGGUUUUUUUUAAAGUAACUCUUUGUCUUGUUUCUCAGCAAUGACUUUGUUUUUAGAAUCUAGCCAUGCAGCCAAAUUCGGCAAGAUAAGCCCCAGAUGAAGAGCAUAUACACCAGGUUAAGCCCUGUCCUCACACCGAUCUUUUGGGGAGCCCAUGCUGUGGGCCACCUCAAGUAAAGCUCACAUUAUGAAGUCUUCCUGACAGGCCACCUGGUAAACCGCAUUGGAUCGGAUAAAGAUGGAUGCACUCCAUUAUAUACUCUGGUUUACCAUAAGGAAUUUUCCAGCAGGCUGUGCUUUAUACCAGUGAGAUAUAGAUAUUGGUCGUGGGAAUUACAAAAAUGAGUGAGUUUGCCAUAACUUUAAUUUUCUGGGUUAGAAACAUGAAAUGCUAUUAUUUUAAGAUAUAUACCUAUCCCUACAAUAAGGAAUAUAACAUGUCUGCCAGAUCUGGUUUAUAAAAAAUUGAAAAAUAUUAAAUAUACUAGAAACUCAAAUUCUUUGAAAGCACAAAAUAACCAACUAAUUCUGGAUUUACUUGAUAUACCUAGUUCGAUAGUAUUUUGUUGAAAAAAGUUCAGAUUGAAAGUUCAUUAAAAUGUACUCAAAUAUACAUCACAGGGUUUUCAUAGUUUUUUCUUAAAACAGUGGCAUUUUCCCAAAUAAUUUAAAAGUGAUUCUCUUCCUAAUGUAAUGUAGUUUUCACAAGUAGUGUGUUUAUUUGCUAUCCUUACUGUAUUUUCAAAUAGAAUUAAAAUGCUCGAGCACUUCCUUUUCAGAAAGUUACAAAAUUAAACAAAAAUAAAUUAUUUUAAAUGCUCAUUAGAAUGUGUCCGAACACUUGUUAUGCCCCUUUCUCUAGGAUUCAAAACUUGAGUCAUUAUUCAGAAAUGCUUUUUAAUUUUAAUUACCUUUAAAUCUAGAAUCAAGUGAAACAUAUUAAAUACUGGGUCCAGUUUUCUUCCAUCGUUCAGAGCUUCAUGGAAUAAGAAACUAAUCUAGUACAAACUGAAGAUUAAAUAUUUCUGGGCAGUGCAGAGAUAGUGAAUAGAUUAUGUAUCCGUCGACUUCACAUCAGUCCGGCAGAGCAGGAGUCCUGCACAUUCGAAAUGGAAUGGGAUCAGCCUAACGUUGUUUGGGGUUGGUUUUCUUUCGCUGUAUUUUUUUGAGUGGGGAUGGGGGCCCAAAGUGUCCUUAUGAAGCUGUGGUCGGCAAGAGCUUGUGGGGGGAGCACCAGUGUUGUGCUGCGUUCCUGCAUCUGGCAGCACAACAGCAAGACCAGUUUUUAAUAGAGUAGCCCUCACACUAAAUAAACCCAUCAUAGACUAUGUUGUACAGUUAUGUUGCUAAUUUUCCUUUGAAAUAUAAAAUAUUUUAAGUUUUUUUUUUUUUUUUUGGUCAAAAGUGGUAACAUCUUAAUACAAAUAAAAACCUUUUUGUGGUUGUAAGAUUUAGCUUAUAAAUCAUUCAAAUUGAAGUGAAAGAUUACCAGGUCAUUGUUAAUGACUUAGUCUAUUAAGAAUAUAUGUAUUUUUGUAAAGGAAAAGCACUUGUAGAUAUUUAAUCAGUACUAUAUGUCUGUUUUGCAGAAAUACAAUGCUGCUUAGAGAUUCUCUUUAAAUAUUUUUUAUUUUUGUGCUCAACUGUAUUUUCUGUUGAUCUAUGGAAUGUUCUGUACAAAGCUGUAUGGUUGUACUGGUUGGGCUAGACACUUUUGUUUUUUAAGAUCUGGACUUAGCCAAGUAUAUUUGACCAUGUUAAAAAUAGUAUCUUUGUUAUUAAAAUUUUGAUUGCAUAAUUUA